UCCCGUGGACAGACUAAUCAAACGACCGAACAGCACAAACUCUGAGAGAAGCAAGACUGUGGCAACACAGGGAAUUGGGAAACCCUAAAAACUAAGAACUAGUAAACGUCUGUAGAAUUUAAGUCCUCCACUUAAGCUGCCAGUGUUUAGAGUUGUAUUUUUGGACCAUUUUUCAAUUUCGCCUAAUUCAGCCAAGAUGGAUUCCGACGCUGGCUCCACCUGCAGCCGCUCUUCAUCCCCAGACCUGGUGGUGGAUGACUCGGCUGGGAGCUUCUUCUCCAACAAGAUGUUCCAGACAUACGGCCAGGACAACAGAGCAGACAGCGAGGCCAGCCAGGGAAGGUUGGAGCGCUGCAGUGUGGGGGGUAAGAUCAAGACCCGGUCCGAUCCCAACAAGGAAGAGGGCCAGGACCUGAGGCUGAAAGUCAACAGUCGGGAGAGGAAAAGGAUGCACGAUCUCAACCAGGCGAUGGACGGCCUGAGAGAGGUCAUGCCCUACGCUCAUGGCCCCUCAGUUCGCAAGCUGUCAAAAAUCUCCACCCUGAUGUUGGCCCGCAACUACAUCCUCAUGCUGUCCAGCUCUCUGGAGGAGAUGAAGAAGCUGGUGGGUGAUGUUUACGGUGCAAGCGCUGCCAUCCAGAGCCGCGCCAUCACCCACACAGCCCCCACAGCCCACCUCCCUCUCCAUCCUCUGGCCCAGUCCCUGCACUCCCUGGUGGGCAGCACGCCUUCCACUCUCCAGCAUCAUCACACGUCGUCUCCGUCUUCAGCCCCAGCCCCACACUCCCCUCCUACCGCCAGCUACCUGGGUUUUCAUGCUCCAGUCCCGGGCCUUCUGAAGGACCCGAUGCACCUCACCAGCUCCUACAGGCACUUCCCUGGCAUGCCCUGCCCCUGCUCACUCUGCCAGCCUCUGCCUACAACUACCUCCACACUGCACAGCCUGUCUAUGAACAAGUGAGGGGGACUCAGAACUGACUCAGCUGUUGGGGUCAAGGCAGAGAACCAAGCUCACAGAACAUUGUUAAACUGCGAAAACAAUGUCUGGUGCCACAAUGUGUACAUAUUGUAUAUAGUUUCUGCCAUGCAAACUGCUGCUAUUUCUUCAUCAUUUGUCUCUUUGGUCUUUCGACAUUGUUUAUACAGAGAUAUUCAAAAUGCACAAAGGGAUUUUAUCAGAAGAGCAAAAGACUGUCAUUUAUC